GCCAACUUCGAACGAGAACGGUUCGUUUAGCGGUCGCAAGCAGCGAAUGAAAAAUAGAAGCCGUCGCCGUUUCGAGUGCGCCGUAUGAGAGUAACAAAAGAGACCAACGCAAAUAAAAUCGACGUCGUCGUGCACGAGUGUAAGCGAGAGCGAGUGCGCAGCAGUUGCACGCCCAGUGAGAGUUAGUGUGCGAGCGAGAUAGCAUUGUGGCAGCCACUGAGCGCGCAGUAGGCAAAAAGGAAAACGUAAAAUAGCCAGCAGAGGGCAGGCAGUUGGCCGCAGUCAAUGUAAAUAGGCGUUGCAUAUGUGUGUGUACGAGUAAAUAAGACAGCGUAGUCAGCGCCGCAGCAGUGGUCUCAUCAGUUGAACGCGAAACGUUGAGUCGAGCAGACGUGCGCGCAUAUUCGCCGCCAAAUCACAAAGUGCUUCAACUUCACAGCCAAAGUACAUGGAUUAAGUGCAAAAAAAUAACAAUAAUUAAAUAAAAAAAUAUUAAUAGUAAUUGUUAAUAAAAUAAUAUAUCAAGAGCAAUUAAUUAUCUGUAACGUUGCUUACUAGAAAUUUCCUUUGUGUCUCGUGUGACAAAUGCCGCAACAACAACGAUAGCUGUGGCCAGCAAACAGCCUGCGCUUUAUAUACAUGACGACGUCUAUGUAAACGUCGCAGUCGCAGUCAACAUCGCAGCGCGCGUCAGCAGCGUUUCUGAGUUCGUUUGUGUGCGUGUGUGUGCAGAAAACAUAAGGCAAAGCAUAAUACACAAUAAAGGUGCACACGAAAGCAAAUAACCCAAAGUGACAGCCGCAGCAGCGCUCGAGUUUCUAUGCUGUGAGAGUAUUCGUGUGUGUGUGUGUGUUGAGAAAUAUCAAAAGCAACGAAGUAGCGGAGCAAAGUGUAAAGCGAAGCAAUAAAACGUAGCAGCGCAAACAGCUGAAGCUGAAGCUGAAGCAGAAGAAAGAAAGGCACAAGAAAAAUUGUUGAAAAUCUAAUUAAAAAGAAACGCAGAAUUUAUAUGUGUGUAUAUUUGUGAAAGUGUGCGUGGAAAUAUGCCAAUAGCUGCACAUUGGAUUAUUACAACAACUUCAACAACAACAACAACAAUAACAACAACAACAAUAGCAAUUGCAAUUGCUGCAUCGCGUUUUGGAUUACGUUUUAUACUUGCAGCAGCAAUUGGAUAAAAACAACAACACAAAAUGCCGCGCAUUCAACUGGAUUAGCAGUCAAUUCUACACACAGAAAUAAAAGCGAAUUAUUAGCGCGACUUCUACUAUUUUUAUUAUUAUUAUUAUUAUGAUGACGCCGGAGUCGAAGGCAACAACAACAACAAUGGCGCAUACACAAAAGCCAGCAGCUGCGUCGGCGUCGUCGCCGUCGUCGCAGCAUUUGUCAACACUGGCAUUGGCUGUGAAUGGGCUGGCGACUAAAGCGACGAAGGCGGGCAAAAGCUUUGUCAGCAAUCCGAACAGCAACAACAACAACAGCAGCAAAAAGCAUGCAAUAAAUAUAACGGCUACAAGUGCUGAUAAAAUGCAAAUGCAAAAGCAACAACAGCAGCAGCAACAACAACAGCAGCAAAACAGUGUAGCAAACGGCAUUAAAAUAAAAAGUGAAAACAGAGCAGCAACAACAACAGCAACUAAUGCAUUCACACAAUGCACAACAGCAGCAACUGCAGCAACAACAAACGCGCUGCUCGACAACAGCAUUAAGAAAGAAGCAACACCUCCAGCAGCAACAACAGCCACUGUUGUGGAGGGUUCAUCAUUCGCGUCGUCAUGUUCAUCAUCCUCCUCCUCGUCAUCUUCGUCGGCCUGGUCCAACAUUGAGGAUGCCAACAGCAACGGCGGCGUCUCCGCGGACGAGGAGCACGCAAACGAAGAGGCGCCAUCAGCUGCAACAGCAGCAGCAACAUCAUCAACAUCGAUGAUGACAACGCCACGCCCCGUGCUUCUAACGGCCGUCAAUGCGCACAUCAUUUGCCACUUGUGCCAGGGCUAUCUGAUCAAUGCGACGACCAUCGUCGAAUGUUUGCACUCGUUCUGCCACAGUUGCCUCAUCAAUCACCUGCGCAAGGAGCGCUAUUGUCCUCGCUGCGAGAUGGUCAUCAACAAUGCCAAGCCCAACAUCAAAUCUGAUACCACAUUGCAGGCGAUUGUCUACAAGCUCGUGCCGGGCCUCUAUGAACGGGAGCUAAUGCGUAAGCGCGCCUUCUACAAGGAUCGUCCGCAGGAGGCGGCGCUGGCCACGCCCGAACAGCGGGGCGACGAUACCGAACAUUUGAUAUUCGGUCCCUCCGAUGAUAUGUCCCUGUCGCUGGAAUACGCAGAGCUAGGCGAAUUGAAUGCCGAAUCGGCCGUGGAAUUCGGAGAUACGCUACGUCCGCGCUAUCUGCAAUGCCCGGCCAUGUGCCGGGUGAGUCACCUGAAGAAGUUCGUCUACGACAAGUACGAGAUCGACGCACAGCACUUCAGCAUCGACAUCAUGUACAAGGUGAAGACCAUUGUGCUGCAGGACUACUACACGCUCAUGGACAUCGCCUACAUAUACACGUGGAAGCGGGACGCGCCGAUGCGUUUCUAUUUCCGUGUCUACGAAUCGCCGCAGCCGCUGAUGAAGCCGGCGUUACCCAUGACGUUGCCCGCCAAGCCGCAGGUGAAACAGGAGCUGGCCACACCAGUUGUCACGCCCACUUCUUCGCCCCCGGCUGCUGCGGCACUCGUCAAGUCUCCCUCACCCUCACCACCGGCCGUCGCAGCAGCUGCUGCAACGGCACAGCCGCUCGCCCGCAUCAAGCUGGAGCAGCCGCAGGAUGAGUUCCGCAUUGCGCCCAAAUUGCCAUCGCCGACGGAGCAAUCUCUGAAACUCUUCAUUAAUCGCAAUCAGCUGGAGAAGCAGGAGAAAUUGCCACACGAGCGACAUCAUCAUCAUCAUCAUCAUCAUCAUUCGCCUAAAGCGGCCAAAUCCUCGCCGACCACGCCCACCGCCAACUCGAAGUUUCCGCCCACCGGCAACUACAACAAGGAGGAGCCGAACAUAAAACUUAAGAUCGAUCUGUCCAAGCAGAACAGCGUGACAAUCAUCAACAUGUCCGAUCCGGAGCGCAAGGAGAUUGUGAAGCCGCUCAAACCGGAGAAAGAAUCGCGCUCCAAGAGCAAAAAGGACAAGGAUGGCAGCCCCAAAUCUUCCUCCAGUAGCAGCUCCUCCUCCUCCUCCUCCACCUCUUCGUCCACCUCCAGCGAGCGCAAACGAAAGAGCCCCUCCCCGCUGACUGUGCCCCCGCUAACCAUUCGCACGGAGCGCAUCUUGAGUCCAAACGGCGUGAGCACCGUGCUCAGUCCGCGCGUGACCAGCGGCGCCUGCCUGGAGGAUCCCAAGUCCGAGUUUCUCAAAUCUUUCGCACUGACGCCCAUCAAGGUGAAGUUGGAGUCGCCGGAGAAGCCGGCCAGCCAUGCAGCGCCGCCAGCAAUAGCACCGCCUGCAGCCAAGUCCAAGACGCAUCUGGACGACAGCCUGCUGAUGAAGCCGCCCAGCGCGAUGCCGCCCAAAUCGAUAGCUUCGUCCAAGCGCAAGAGCAAGGAGCCCGUCAAGGCCGUCUCCAAGAAGCCAAAACUAUCGCCGCCGUUGCCGCGCGAGGACUUCAAGAUACGUCUGCCCGCGCCCAACAGCUGCCCCUCGCCGCCCCCGCCAAUGCUGGCGGCGCCUGUCGAGAAGCCACUGAUGCCGCCGCCGCCCGCCAAGCCGCUGCCCGUGCCAGCCGCACGCAAGGCACAGCUGCCGCACAGCCCCUACCCGGUGCAUGCACCGCUGCCGCCGCAUCAUCAGGGCAUGCAAAUGGCCGCGCCCGGCAAUCGGACGCCCAUUGCCAAACGCUAUCAGCCCAUAUUGCCGAAGGCGGCACGUCCCAAUCCGUUCGCCAACAUACCCAGCGAUGUGAAUCGUCUGCUCAAGGAUGUUGGCACCGAGAUCAAGUCGAUUGCCAGCCAGGCCAAGACGCACGUCUACGGGCCCAAGAUGCCGGAGCACAAAAUGGGACCGCCGAGUGCCAUGCACAAGCCCAACAACAACUCGAACAACAACCACUCGAACAACAACAACAACAACAACUCGAACUCGAACAACAACAACAAAUCAAACUACUUGAAUUUGGCUUUGUUCAAUGCCAGCAAGUCGAAGGGCAAGGAGGCGCCGCCCGGCUGCCGCACGCCCAUGUACACGCCCAAUUCGCCCAUUUACUCGCCCAGUUCGCCGCAAUAUGUGUCCAACUAUAAUAUACCAACCAUGCCCACCUACAAAUACACGCCCAAACCAACAACAACCAACAACAACAGCAACAACAGCAACAACAACAACAACUCGACGACAGCAACAACAAAUGCGAGCAACUAUUUGCAGAGCAUGUUAAAUGGAACCGGAGCUGGAGGAGCGGGCGGCGGCGGUCUGUUCCCCACGCCGCCAACCAAAACGGAUCAGAACACAAAUCCGGCCGCCGAAGAUGCGCCCGAGAAGCAACAGGUGAAGGUCAAGUCUCUGCUCAAUUCAUGCAACAUCAAUAUACCCUCCUCGCUGUCGAUAACCAUAUCGCGCGACAAUGGGGACGCCUCGUCGCCGAGCAGCGGCGGCCAUGCCAAGCACAAGAGUCCGGUUAACAAUUAUAUCGAAAUUGUCAAGCUGCCCGAUCAGCCGGCGGCAUCUGCCGAGCAGAAGGAGCCAACAGCGGCUGCCAAGGCGACGCCGACGCCGACGCCUCAGCCGCCCGUCAAACUGCCCGCGCCGCCCAGCAAGACGAUACCCUCGCCGCAGCAUUUGUUGGCGCGCCUGACGCCGCCCGCUGCUGCCGCCACCGCAGCAGCUGUGCCGGCCAAGACCUCGCCCAAGGCAACGGCCACGGCCAAGCCGGUGUUGACGCCCCAGCAGUCGGAUAAGAAGACGCCCAGCCCGGAGAAGCGCGCCGCCAGCCAGGGCAGCCAUUCGCCCAAUUCUAGCGAGAACAAAUCACCCAAAUCCGCGCAAGCAACGUCGGCUGCUGCCGGCGCCUCGGGCUGUGCCACGCCCAAUGGCGGCGAGUCGGCAGCCAAAAAGUUUCGACCCAUUCUGCCGCGCCAGAAUGCCACAAACGGAGGCGCCACAACGGAGCCUAAGCUGCUGCCGCAGCAGCCCGUUGGCUACAACUUUGCCGCCAAUUUGCCGAACAGCAAAAAGGUGCCCGCCAGCAAAAAGUCACCCGGCGCCGGAGGCGCGAUAGGCGGAGGCGGAGGUGGAGGCAGCGGUACGCCAGCCAAGCUCGCGCACGCCAAUGGCAGCAGCCAAGCGCUGUGCAAGGCCGGCGCCAAACACAAACUGGCAACGCCGACGCCGCCGGCAGCUCUUGGCUCCAGCUUGAAGUUUAUGGGUCCACCGACUGGGCAUGCCCAUCCGCAUCUGCCCAAUCCGAAUGCGCCGCUGAGCAUCGCCUCAAGCGCCAAUCAGCUGGACUUGAGCAACUUCCUCAAGGACAAUCUGCGCGCCCAGGCGGCCGCCCAGGUGGCCCAGGCGGCGGCUGCGGCCAAUCAAUCGAAUCUCUUGUACAAUUUUGCGCCCGCCAUCUACAACUAUCAGCAGGCCUAUCUGAUGGAUCAGCUCUCCCGGAUGCAGCGUGCCGGCAACGAGGUCUUCAACGAUUACCUGCAGAAGCUCAAGAGUGCGGCCAUUGCGGGCGGAGAGGGUGCAGCAGGCGAGCAUAGACAGCCCGUAAUGCCCAUGCUGCCCACAGUAACGCUGCCAACGGCCGCCAGUCAACCGAUUGCGGCCAGUCCCAAGACCUCGCCACAUGCCGCCGCACACAAACUGACGCCGGCAGCGACGCCGACGCCGACGCUGGCCAAGAGCAACAGCAGCAGCAGCAGCGGCGGCGGCGGCGGCAGCGGCAGCGCCCGGCCGCAGGCAGCGGCAACCAGCAACAAUGCGCUGGCCAAGAGCAAGUGAAACCGUCAACCACCCAAAAACAACCCCACACCCGGAACAAACCCCUCUUGCGCCCCGCAACAGCUCGUCUAACCCUCUGGGGUAAAGGUGUGCACUAAUUAAUAUUUAAAGAGUUUACUUUUUGUUUUUAGUUUUUUAUAAGCUGUUGUUAUACGAGUUUUUUUUUUUUCCAUUUCGUUCGACUUUGUGUACAUAAAGAGCUGUACAUAUUAUACAAAACAAUAUAUAUAUAACUACGAUUAACAUAAAUAUACGAUUUACAUUGUAAACAUCUAUAUAUAAGCUAAGCCACAGAUCGAUUCAGAAUCAAUAUACACAUACGGCAGCUGUUCGUAUCUAAUAUUAACUAUAUGCAUAUUUAUUUAAAGCCAACUUUGACUUGAUUUCAGGCAAGAGACAGUAGAGCCAUACAAAGGAAAGAGACAGCUUUCAGUUUGUUUAAUUGUAAAAGCUCAAACACACCAAAAGCUCCACUAAGCAGAACUUUUGGCUUGAUUAAUUGCACAUGAUUAAAGCUCAAAAUUAGUGAGCAGAGCUUUUUAAAAUAAUUAAAGCUUUCAGCUUCUAUGCCUGUAAAUAUUUAAAGCUGUUAACAAAACAACUGAAAGCUUUUGAAGUUAUUAAACAAAAUAAAAAUAAAAUAGAGCUCACUUAAAGCUCAAGCUGAGAGGCGGAGCUUUGCAGAAAUUUACCACUUAAUACAUUUUAUAAAAUUAAGCACAUUUAAAGCUGCAAAGAGCUGAGAAGCAGAGCUUUAAGUGCAGUUGCAAGCUUUCAGCGUGAUUAAUCUCACACUUAAAGCUAAACUUAGACGCAAAGUAACUUCAGAUAAGCAAAAUAAAAGCUCAAGCUGAUAAUUACAGCUUUUUCAUUUACAGCUGAAGAAAUUGUAUAAAAUUAAGCACACUUAAAGCUACCAAAUCUGAGCUUAAAGCGCAGCUGAAAGCUUUCGAAACUUUCGUUUUGAGCCAUUUUGAUGUCUAGUUUUAAGUGCCAACGGCCAAGUUAAAGUAUAAAAAACUAAACACAAAACAAGUUGUUUCACAAAUUGUAAAUAAGCACACAGAGUUUUGUAAACAAGAUUUUAAAGUCCAAAACAUAUUCCAUAAACACGAGCUAAUCGAUAAUAAAAACCUAUUUAUACGAGAAUCAAAAUAUACACAAAAAAAAA